GGUGCGAGCGUUUUUGUUUGCCGUAACCAAUGGUAACUACACCCAGCUGUUCCUAAUCGCGCAUGCAUUGGACGGAAGUUUCAGCUGUUGGUAGAGGUUGCUAGUUUAGCAGGUUACCAUAAAAGAUACCGACUUCGGUUCGACAAAAUGGCACACACAGGAGGAUCCGAGUCCAAACGUGAACAAUUUCGGAGAUACCUUGAAAAGACCGGAGUCAUGGAUGGGCUCACCAAUGUGCUGAUAUCUCUGUAUGAAGAAACAGAAAAACCGAACAACGCGUUGGAUUUCAUAAAGAGCCAUCUUGGUGCUGCCGGUGUGGAAUCGGCCGAAACUGAAGCGCUCCGUCUGGAGUUGGCAGAGCUGAUGCAGAAAUGCAACAUGCUGAUGGAGGAGAAUAAAGAACUCAAGAAUCGGCUUCUCCAGUAUAAACCAGCCAAUGAGGAUGGAGGAGCAGAAUGAUGUCACUUUAUUUAGACCAAAAUUAGGAUUACCUCAGUCCUGUUCAGUGUGGACUGCAAGAGUAGUAAAGACUACAAACGUAAUAUAUUUCUGUUAUCAAGGUUGUAUUUUUCAUUUGUGAUUGUUUUGUAAGAUCAGCUGUAAAAAGAAAUAUUUCUGUUCCACUUGGGUAGUUCCUGUAAGUGAACUUUUGGUUUGAUGCAUAUUUCAUGCAUAAUGUUGAUUAAAGCGUACUCUUAUAAAGUAUGAAAUAAAUGAAGCAUAAACGUAUAAAAUAAUUAAUUCA